AUGUCGCUGGGGCAGCGCCUGGCGCGGCUGGCGGCGCGCCUGCAGGACCCGCACAAAGUGGCGCGUUUCCAGCGGCUGUGCGGGGUGGGAGCGCCGCCGAGCCGCUCCGCCGCCGCCCCGGGGGAGGGCGAGAAGGCGGAGGCGCCGCACUCCGGGGACGCCCGGGGCCGAGAGCGCCGGCCCGGGGCGUGCGGGGGCCCCCAGCCCCCCGGCGGCGACCGCAAUCAGUGCCCGGCCAAGCCGAGCGGCGGCGGUAGCGGCGGCCUCGGCGGCGGCGCCCCCAACGGCGUGCGGAACGGGCUGGCCGCCGAGCUGGGCCCGGCCUCGGCGCGGCGGGCGGGCGCCCUGCGGCGGAACUCGCUGACGGGCGAGGAGGGCGAGCUGGCCCACGUGAGCAACUGGCCGCUCUACUACCUCUUCUGCCUGGGCACCGAGCUGGGCAACGAGCUCUUCUACAUCCUCUUCUUCCCCUUCUGGAUCUGGAACCUGGACGCGCUGGUGGGCCGGCGGCUGGUGGUCAUCUGGGUGCUGGUCAUGUACCUGGGCCAGUGCACCAAGGACAUCGUCCGCUGGCCGCGGCCCGCCUCGCCGCCCGUGGUCAAGCUGGAGGUCUUCUACAACUCCGAGUACAGCAUGCCCUCCACCCACGCCAUGUCCGGCACCGCCAUCCCCAUCUCCAUCGUGCUCCUCACCUACGGCCGCUGGCAGAUAUUUACUACCCUUAGAUGCCACUCCUGA